AUGGUGAAAGCAGAUGUGCGAAAGGAUUACUAUGCGGACCUUGGGCUGCAACCCAGCGCGGAGCCUGAAGAGAUCAAAAAGCAAUUUAGGAAGCUAGCGCUCAAAUUCCACCCGGACAGGAACCCAGGAAGAGAAGUCGAGUUCAUCGCCAAAUUUCAAGCUAUCCAAGCUGCAAACGAGAUCCUCAGUGAUCCCACCCUACGCCUGAAAUAUGAUACCGAUCGCUUGCGCGCGGGGUACGGGAAGGUCUACGGUCCGCCUAAGGCAAAUACCCAGCGCAAAGCACAGCCUCCCACCAACCCUCGCCCUACGGAAACUUACUCGACGCCUCGGCAAUCACAGACACCCCGAAGUGGCCCAUCCGCCGGUGCACAGCGGUACGCAUAUCAAGCGCGCGCAGGUUCGCAAUGGAAACAACAAGAUAAUGCGCAAACGAGGGCCGAUGCGUUCCGUGGCUUCAAUAACAUGAGAGGAGGUCAGGCGUCUGGAUGGCAGGGCUUUGAUCCCGCAACUGGUCGCGCCACGGCUGGUGGUGCUGCAGGUUCCGGACCACAACGAGGUCCCUUUGGAAAUUCUGCGCAGUCUAGCCGGGCCAAGUCUGCCUUUGAGGCCCGCCAAAGCGCCAACACCGCACAGUCCGCCAAGAAGAAGCAGGGCUUUGCACCAGGGGCCGCUGGGGGAGAUGAGCCCAUGGCCCGGAAUACUUCUGCCUACAGCAAUAGCAGUCGCACUGAGCGGCCGAGCAGCCAGUACUUCAAUCCUGCUCCACCACCAACUGCGAAGAAAGCAGCAUCACCUGAGCCGUCUCAGCCUCAGUCACGACAUUCAUUCACCCCGGAUCUGGAGCGGACCAGCAGAGGAUACGCCCAAACAGGUAAAGGCGAGAAGACGUUCUUCUCAAGCGCUGGGUUAGGGCGAUCUUCGACCAUGCGCACACCCUCAGGAUCUCACCAAAGUGCGCAGAAGGGCAGUAGUCCCGCCUUUGGUGGAUCUGGCAGACAUCGCAGCGCCAGCCCCAAGGCCAGACGAACUACCGCCAACUAUGACUCUACUAGCUCGAGUGAAUCGAGUGAAUUAACUGACUCGGAGGAAGAAAUCCCCAAACCGAAGGCCGUACCCAAGAGCCGACUUAAACCGCAUCAGACUUUUGCCAACGCCUGGCAAGGAGGAUCAGCAAGCCCUGGAAAUGGUAUGGGCUCUACAUUCUUCCCCGCAAUCUCGCGUGGAGCGAAAAGCCUAAGACUACCCAAUGGUGGUCUCAGGUUUUAUUCGUUAUCUAAGGUCCCCCAUUCGAAAAAACGUACGCAUGCUGACAUGAAGGACUUCGAAGGACACACCUCAGAUAGCGCUGCUUUCUCCAAAAGUUCGUUUCGACCGGACCAGCAGCCCAGCUCGUCCGGGUCUUCCUCUUCUGUCAAGUAUGAUCGACUCACAUUCCAUUACUCCAAACCGCGACUGACAAACCGAUUCGGCUCUAGUACUGACCACCGGGCAAGCAAUGCACCAAGACCUCAAUCGGCUGCCUUUGGUCGCAGCAGCACGAGUAACUUGCAUAAGAAAUUCUCCGCGGACGAUUGGCGUGAUCAUUUGAACCAUCUUGAUUUCCUGGGCUCCGUCUCUCCAGGCAAGGAACCUUUCCCAAGGUCGCCUGUAUCACAAAGUCGGACACGUACACCCAAUCGAAACGGCACGGCAAAACCAUCAACGACUGGAUCACCACUUCCGAAUCCUUUUGGCACUACGCCUAUGUAUCAAGGAUCACAGCCAGCACAGCCGCAGCAACCCACACCCUUCGCGCAAGCAAAGUUCUCUGCAGAUCAGUGGGCUGCGCAACUUCGGAAUCUCUCGUGGACUGUACCCGAGGCCGAAAAGGCCAAGGCCACUGCAAAUGCUGCGCCUCCUCGGAGUCCCAAGAAACAGCCCAGAGCAGGUACCAAAGUGCGGAGUGCUCCGCAGCCGGCAAGUGUUGCUACUGAGGCAGAAGAAGCUAACGGAACCUUUAAUGAUGACAUCCCUCCAACUGCGCCAGCUGCACCUGAUGUCGAGGCGAUGGACCUCGAUGAGGAAUUCUCUACUCCACCAGACCAACCGCCGAUUCCGGCCAAAGUCUCACCAGACGCCCCUCCAGUCAAGAAGUCCAAGCCUCCUCACCCAACAGAAGGAGUUGCGAACACUGACUCCCGCGCUCCUCUGUUCAGUCUUGACAACCUGCGUAAUACAAUUCCGCUAGGCAACGCAACCGGGGGAGGCAUUGAGAACCUCGAAGACAUCCACACCACCCUUCCAUUCGAGUCUCAAGCCAAGCAGCAAAAGACCACGCAAAGUGACAUCCGCCCCCGUCUCCUUCAGCUUCCUAAUCCACCCAAACGGCCCUGGGCCCCGAAACCGGUCCUCCCAACACCCACCUCCAGACAUCUCGUUCUUCCACGCGAUAAAUGGAACUGGUACGUCUCAGCAAUGGGCGCGUACAUGCACGAGUGGAACGCUUUCAACGGCCGCAUGCUCACGCAUUUCAAUGCACGCCAUGAGGCGAACAAGACCGGCCUCGCGCCCGGCUGGAUCAGUGCUGUAGGAGACUCCACUCGCCUGAAAAUGAAUGGCACAGACGAUGACGACACCAAGGGCAAUGAUAAGACCGCUAAGGACCUUGACGAUCAUGUCGAGGAGUCUCUGGUUCCUGGCACAAAUAAGGGGGGCUAUAGUGCCUAUCUCCGUGGUAUCGAGGAGGAUAUUCAGGUGCGCAAGCACUGGGAUGUUGCCUGUGAGAUGCAUCGCGAGUGCAUCCUGGAUCUUGGACGGCUAAGGGAGUGGAUUCGGGAAGGCGGGAGAGUGGCUUAG